AUGACACACUUUGCCAAGGUCCACCUCGUCAACUUCACAUCGAACGCCAGUGAUAGGUCGAACAGGCCCUCGUCUUCUUCCCGCGCCGCACUCCCGCAUCUCAACGGUCGUUUUACACUAGCGCCGGACCCCUCGCCCGCCGAGACGGACCCGCAACUUGGCCUUCCCCUCGGCGACUCGGCACCGGGGGGCAUCCCUCCAGGCGCCGAUGAUUGGACCGCCGGACUCAGCACGAUCGGCCACGCGGAUGCCACCCCGUUCGCGCCUGCUAGUCUGCAGGAGACAAGGGUAGCCUAG